CUGCCUACUUCCUGGCCUCUGUCGCUUCUCGUAGCCUGCUGCUUCUCUCUGGCUUACUUUCUUGCUCUGCCUGUCACUGAAUGUACUCUGGAGAGAGAGCACCAUGUUGCGCCGGAAGCCAUCUAAUGCCAGCGAGAAGGACCCAGUGCAGAAGAGGAAGCUGUCCCUGCAGCGAUCCAGCAGCUUCAAGGACUUUCCUAAAUCCAAACCCAGCUCCCCUCUACCAAGUGAGAAGGAAUUCAACCUAGAGGAGGAGGUCCCCGAAGGCAGUCAGACAAACUCUGUGCCCAGCCCAGAUGACUCAGGCCGAAGCAGCACCUCAAAGCUGGGUAAGAGAUGGAGAGCUGCCAUCUCCCGUACCAUGAACAGGAAGACUGGCAAAGCAGCUGCCAAAGCUCUCGCAGAGCAGGGGGAGGCUGAAGACGAGGCUGCUGCAUCUCCCAUCAGCAGCCCCACUGAAGACGAAGGCCCAGUCUUUCCAGAAUCAAGUGAGGAGACGAGCAGCUCUCCAUCACCAAAUGGGACUGAAUUGUCCAAUCCCAGACUGAUGGGAAGCAGCUGCAGCAGCAGCAAGAAGGGAGACAAGGCCAGCCCCAUACCCUACGUUGGCCCUUUUUGUGGAAAAGCCAAAGUUCACACUGACUUCCUCCCCAGCCCGUAUGAUAAAGACUCUCUGAAACUUCAGAAAGGAGAUGUCAUCCACAUCAUUGCAAAGGCACCUGCAGGUACCUGGACUGGUCUUUUGAACAACAAAGUGGGCUCCUUCAAGUUCAUCUAUGUGGACAUCAUCCCAGACGACCCUGCGCCAGUUGCAAAGAGCAGUUCGCGAAGCAGGAGCAAGAGGCCCAAACCCAAGACCUUGCAUGAACUGCUGGAACGCAUGAAUCUUGAGGAGUAUGCCUCUACAUUGCUACUGAAUGGCUACCAGACCUUGGAGGACUUCAAAGAGCUGCAAGAGACCCACCUGAAUGAACUGAAUAUAACUGACCCACAACACCGUGCCAAGCUGCUAACAGCAGCGGACCUCCUGCUUGAUUAUGACACAAGCAGUGAGGCUGAAGAUGAAGGAGGAAGCUUGGGGGCCCCUGGAGAGCCAAAGGGAGACAUUCCCCGUGAUUCUGGCUGCUUUGAAGGGACAGAGACACUGGACAGCGGGCGAGAAGACGCUAAGCUGGGGGAAGAGCUGCAAAAUCUCUCUCUGGCUGGCUCACGCUGAGAAAAGGUUUUUCCUUCUUCGUCCUUGGGGUUGGUUUGGCAAAUGUAAGCAGUCAUCCAAAAUGCGCCUGCCUCCAAGACAGAAGAUACAGCUGCAAAAUCAAAAGUUCCCUCUUCAGAAAGAGCAAGAGCAUUGCUGCAGCCUUACUACUCCCAGAGUAUUGGCUGGAUAAAUCAAUAAAUCUGUCAGGUCCCAGAAACUCUGCCUUUCCCCAGGCUAGAAAUUUUAAGAACAGGUUUUUGCAUUUAGAAAGGCUUGUUGUUUAGCCUUCUUGCAUGCAGUUGGCUCAAGCUGUCCCCCCACCACAGGUACUGAGAACUAUUGAACAUGAUGCUGAGCUGAGGAUGGUUACUGUUCUCCCCAUAGGCUCGGUACCUUCUGGCUCAAAGGACACCCCAACCCCCCUUACGCAAAAUACAGAACCGACACAAGAGGGGUCAUGACUGAAGGCUGGAGGUAGAACUAAAUAACUGUGGUCUGUAUCCCUGAAGAAGAGCAGCAGAUGCAGAGAUUAAUGCUCUGAAUGUAGCCACUGCUUUCCCCUUCUUUGUGUUGUGGAAUGGAAAAAGGCUCCCCAGGAGGAACAACGACCUAAAAAGCAGGGUGGCUUGCUCUAAUGUGGGGAGGAAAUGAAGAUGGACAAUUUACUACUUUUUUUUGCUUUGAAUAUACCCAUAAUUAUCUUGUUUAAAAUGACGUGUGGUACUGCAACGAGAGAGAGAAAGCAGGGAAGGGCCAUAACUCAGUGGCAGAAUGCAUGUUUUAUACAAGGACAGUCCCAGGUUGGAUUCAUGGCAUAGCCAGGCAGGCCACGAGAUGCUUCCUGUCUGAAACUCUUGGGAUGCUGCUGGCAGUGUGGACUAAAGCUCGAUGGACUAUUGGUCUGGCUAAAUAUAAGGAAGCUUCCUGUGUAUCUGGUCAACAUCAGGUAGGUGUAAUUCACAGGCCAGCUGAGCUGCCUCUGAGAAGCAGCACCAUUUGGAUUAGGAGGUCUGCACUUUACUGGCUGGGGAUGUUGGGCUGUGUUUGGCAAAUUGAACCAGGGUUUCUUGGGGUAAGAUUUAGCCUCUUUGUACAGGAUCCCAAUAAAGCACAUUUACCCCCCAAA